UUUCCCGUGAGCCCUCGGGGAGUGGUCCGACCGCGGGCGGCCGCCGGUGAGGUAGGGGCGGGAGGCGGGGGGAGACAUGGCUCGGCGCGGCUGGCGGCGGGCACCCCUCCGCCGUGGCGUCGGCGGCGGUCCCCGAGCCCGCAGGCUCAUGCGGCCCCUUUGGUUGCUCCUCGCAGUGGGCGUCUUUGACUGGGCAGGGGCUUCGGACGGCGGCGGCGGAGAGGCGAGAGCCAUGGACGAGGAGAUCGUGUCGGAGAAGCAAGCCGAGGAGAGCCACCGGCAGGACAGCGCCAACCUGCUCAUCUUCAUCCUGCUGCUCACCCUCACUAUUCUCACGAUCUGGCUCUUCAAGCACCGCCGGGCCCGCUUCCUGCACGAAACCGGCCUGGCUAUGAUUUAUGGUCUUUUGGUGGGCCUUGUGCUUCGGUAUGGCAUUCACGUUCCGAGUGAUGUAAAUAAUGUGACCCUGAGCUGUGAAGUGCAGUCAAGUCCAACUACCUUACUGGUAAAUGUUAGUGGAAAAUUUUAUGAGUAUACGCUGAAAGGAGAGAUUAGUUCACAUGAACUCAAUAAUGUUCAAGAUAAUGAAAUGCUUAGAAAGGUUACUUUUGAUCCAGAAGUAUUUUUCAACAUAUUACUUCCUCCUAUCAUAUUUUAUGCAGGUUAUAGCCUGAAAAGGAGACAUUUUUUCCGAAAUCUCGGGUCUAUCCUAGCAUACGCUUUUCUUGGAACAGCAAUUUCUUGUUUCGUUAUUGGGUCAAUAAUGUAUGGCUGUGUAACGCUGAUGAAGGUAACGGGACAACUUGCAGGAGAUUUUUACUUUACAGAUUGCCUACUGUUUGGUGCCAUUGUAUCAGCAACUGAUCCAGUGACUGUUCUUGCUAUAUUCCACGAGCUUCAAGUUGAUGUUGAACUCUAUGCACUUCUUUUUGGUGAAAGUGUCCUCAAUGAUGCUGUUGCCAUAGUGCUGUCCUCCUCAAUAGUGGCAUACCAGCCAGCUGGAGACAACAGUCACACCUUUGAUGUCACAGCGAUGUUCAAGUCUAUUGGAAUCUUCCUUGGAAUCUUCAGUGGAUCUUUUGCGAUGGGUGCUGCUACUGGAGUGGUGACAGCUUUAGUGACAAAGUUCACCAAAUUACGUGAGUUCCAGUUGUUGGAGACAGGCCUGUUCUUCCUGAUGUCCUGGAGUACCUUCCUCUUGGCUGAAGCAUGGGGCUUCACAGGUGUGGUUGCAGUAUUGUUUUGUGGCAUCACACAAGCACAUUAUACAUAUAAUAAUUUGUCCACGGAGUCUCAGCAUAGAACUAAACAGUUGUUUGAGCUUCUCAAUUUCUUGGCAGAGAAUUUCAUCUUCUCCUACAUGGGACUGACAUUGUUCACCUUCCAGAACCAUGUCUUUAACCCAACAUUUGUAGUAGGAGCAUUUGUUGCUAUUUUCUUGGGAAGAGCUGCCAAUAUUUACCCCUUGUCCCUCUUACUUAAUUUAGGUAGAAGAAGUAAGAUUGGAUCAAAUUUUCAACAUAUGAUGAUGUUUGCUGGCCUUCGUGGUGCAAUGGCAUUUGCCUUGGCCAUUCGAGAUACUGCCACUUAUGCACGGCAAAUGAUGUUCAGCACCACGCUUCUGAUUGUGUUUUUUACCGUGUGGGUAUUUGGAGGUGGCACCACUGCAAUGCUGUCAUGCUUGCAUAUCAGGGUUGGUGUUGAUUCAGACCAAGAACACUUGGGUAUUCCUGAAAAUGAAAGGAGAACCACCAAAGCAGAGAGUGCUUGGCUUUUCCGGAUGUGGUACAACUUUGAUCAUAACUAUCUGAAGCCUCUGCUGACUCACAGCGGGCCUCCGCUGACAACAACACUCCCUGCCUGCUGUGGACCCAUCGCCAGGUGCCUCACCAGCCCCCAGGCUUACGAAAACCAGGAACAGUUGAAAGAUGAUGAUUCUGAUCUUAUUCUCAAUGAUGGUGAUAUCAGUUUGACAUAUGGAGAUUCUACUGUGAACACUGAAUCGGCCACAUCCAGCGCUCCAAGGAGAUUUAUGGGAAACAGUUCUGAAGAUGCCUUGGAUCGGGAGCUUGCAUUUGGGGACCAUGAACUGGUCAUUCGAGGAACACGCCUGGUUCUUCCAAUGGAUGAUUCUGAACCCCCACUAAAUUUGCUAGAUAAUACGAGACACGGUCCAGCCUAAGCUUACUAAUACUCACUUAGUGAUUUGUAAAAUUUGCACAUGUGAUUGUGAAGAAAUUUGUACUACCUAAAAGUCCCAGUGCAUGUCUCUGAAUGUGUAAGCUAUAUAAAUGCUAUUUAUAUGGCAUAGAAAGAAUAUAAAUAUCCUGUACACGGCAGAUUGUGAACAAACUAUAUUCCUUUAAGUUUUCCUGGUUGCACUCUGUAGACUGGAUCUGUUUUAGAAAGUUACUUUCACAGUGAUGUUAUGUGUUCUGUUAGUUUUAUGUCUCAGUUAAAGUACAAAAAGUGACGGAUUUUCUCUUUCUUAAACUUACCUGACACUUAACCAGAGUACCAAGUUCUCGUGAUGUGAAUUAAUUUUUUUGUGUGCUAGGGGAGGGAGAGUGAGGAGGGCAUGUUAGUUCCUUGGGAACCCAGGGAGGAGAGGUUCCUUUAUUGGGAAACUUGUUGAUAGCUGCUGCCUUUGUCCUGACCGUUUUCUUUCCCUUUUCUCUGGUGGCCUGUUGUGGUGCAAGGAGCUGAUGGCAUUUGAUCUUGCCCCAUUCAGGUUGGGGAGUGAAGUGUGGGGACCCUUUUCCCCCGCUUGCUGUGAAAGCACAGAUUCAUUGACUAGAGUACACUGUUGUUCAGAAAAGAAGGCUGCAAAUGACUUCUGAGACCUUAUGUCUUUUCUUCCAGACCAAGACCAUAGAAGGAGUAGCAUCUAGCCGGCUUAGCCAAAGUACAGGUGUAUUUAGUUCAGGGCACUUGAUUUAUAUUUGGAGGGGCUGGGGUGGGCAGAGAGCAAGAGGCAAGUAAAGAGAAUGAUGGUUUCAGAGAUCUCUCUUCCCAAAUGUGUAAAUAUUCUAUACCAGAUAAGUUUAAAUAAGAAAUUUAAUUGCUGCUUAAUUUUUGAUUAUGUACUUUAUCUGUAUAGCAAGCUUUGUCGUCAGAAGUUUUUAUAUCAAUUUAAAUUGCUGCUCUUUAGCAGCCAAACAGGAGCAAAAUGUAAAAUUUUUGAACUUACUGUGUCUAAUCAUCAUUUGUUAGUCUGUAGUUAAUGUCAACAGUUAAUUUAUGAACCCACGAUCGUUCCACACUACACCAAAGUCAGUCAUAAGAGAAAUCGAAUAUUCUGGGCAUUGAUUGCAGCAAGGUGGCUGCUUUGUGUGCAGGAGGUGUAGUAGUCUUCAUUUUCACGGUACUUUUUAAUAUUAAUUAUCUAAGCUGCCAUGCAUUUUUUUUACAGUUUUCAAGGAAGAGCACAGAACAAUUUCUCAUUUCAUAUUUGGAGUAUGAAAGUAGAUUCUAUUUUGUAAAGCUGAUAAUACCUAAAGGUGCAUGGAAUGCUUGGAAGAAUACUUUUUGAUGUUGAUUUUGACCUGUUCGUGAUUCAGAAGAAAAACAAACUGUUUUGGAUUUUUUUCCCUCAGGUCUGAGUAGCAUUGCCUUAAAUCUUACCCAGUUAGAACAUUGGUUUAUUUACAUGAUGUUCAGAUUUUCCAGUGAAAAAUACCCUUCCGAACAAAACAUGUACUUACUCUCCAAAAGGUAUCUGUGCUAUUACAAACACUCCUUGAGAUUUUAAGGGAAUUCUAAUGUUGUACCCUUUCGUGGCAGCUUUGACUGUUGGCAUAGCCAUUUGUUAUGUAGUGGUAGCGACUUUCCUGCUAUGCAGGAAUCCCUCCCAUGAAGUGUAUGUUUUACAUGAUGUGUGCCUCUUCACGCAGUAAAUAGUUUCUUGUUAAUGUAUGUUCGAGGGGUUUGAACGUCAGUGUCAUUUACCCACAAAGUUAUUCAAGUUGUAAAAGGUUAUACAAUAAUUUAACAACUACCUUUUUUUAUUCUGUCGGGUUACUGACCUCACUUUAUGUAAAUACUUCGCAUGACAAAUUCAGUAACUCGUCUAUUUCAGCAUGCAUAAGACUUUUCACUAGGGAAACUGAUAAAGCUUGAGUCAAAUAAAUCUGCCUUCAUACUUUAUCAAGGGGAACCAAGCCUGCUGUGUUUAACAUCAGCAUCUGGAAGAUUUUCCUCUCCUCUAAUCUGUGUACACAUCUCCAAGAAAGGAAGAAAAAACAAACUCUGCUCAGACGCCUAUGAAACACCUGAAUGAACUUUGAUGAAGUCCAGUCUGAGUUACCAUCAUGCACAAGUAGAACUGCUCUUGGACUUGUUUUCCUGUUGUUUGUGGAACCUACACGUUUGAAUGACUUGAACGUUGCAUCUUUAAAGUUAUUUUUUAAGAUUUCUUGGCAUUUAUCCUAGUUGUCCGUGUUUGGCAAUGUGCUGUUAAAGUAAUAGACUUUUAAUCUUUAUGUAUUUUUUUGUUUUCUCUGGAGUACUUGGACAGAUGUUAUAGUGGUUUCUUUUAGGAAAAUCUGUCAUUAAAAAAGUUAUAGCCUUGCAAAUAACCACUCACAGUAUUUGAGUCACAGUUUAUUCUAGUGAGACGUAAAGAGUGCUGACUUCAUUUAUUUUUCUACCUAUAUACCUACUGGAAAAGGGGAAGACUAAUGUUUUCAAAUAAACAAACAGAAACCUAACAGAACUUAA